AUGGAUUUUAUACAGCGAAACGCCAUUAUAGCAUUAUCAUGCAAGAUACAGGUCAGUGAACAAGAAUCGCAAUUUGAAUCAUUUAAUUCCAGUUCAGCAAACACCAACUCAUUUUACAAACAAGCUGGUUUAAAAUUGCUUCAACUUGCUGUCCUCAAUGCUAGAUCAAUAAAGAACAAAACACUACAAAUUAAAGAUUACAUUGUGGAUAAUGAUAUAGAUAUUAUGGCUCUCACAGCAACUUGGCUUAAAGGUCAUGAGAAUUGUGAAUUUGCAACGCGUGAUGUUUGUCCUUCAG